AUGGCAAGUUUUGCACGAAGAGAAACUUCUGAAAGGGAAGAGACAACAACGGAGUCACACGAGACGACAGAUCAAAGCAGACCUGAAGUCAUCAUGCCCAUACCUAUUAGACCAAUUAGGGCUACUCCUAUUGCCGUUCGCCCCCGACCUCCGACUCCCAACUCGGAAUCACCCAAGAAUAAAAUGAGGAAGACUGAGCGUUCGACUGAUGGCGUUGUCAGCUCGGAAACGGAACAUGAUGAGGCGUAUAAACAGGGGAAUUCCAACAAAAAGAGUACCCGGCAAGCACAAGAAUCGAAAGACGAGACUGAAACAAUGAAUGAUUCUACAAAUGGUUCAGUCAACUCGACCAAUUCGGCAUCAAACAAAGUUAGCGUUGAGAAUCUCACGAACGGCAGUGUUGACGGUAAUAGCAGCAAUGGUACGGCAACUAAUGCUCGCAUGAAUAAUAAUACACCCGAAAUUACGACAAAAUACAAUGUCGUCAAAAUAGCUCCCAAGAUUGCGCCCAAGGUUGAGGACAAUCGACAAUCUGUCAUCGAUUUUGAUAAAAUGGUUGACGAUAGAUCGAAACAAAAGCUAUACCCAUGUCCCAAAUGCAAUAGGCCGUUUUCUCGAAAGUUUAAUAUGGAGUCGCAUCUCACUACUCACGAUCCACACCGAGUAAAACCAUUCUUGUGUGAUUACCUUGGGUGCGGGCACCGCUUUACGAGAAAACAUGAUUUGAAGCGUCAUGUUAAUGGCAUUCACAAAUGUGAGAAGCAGCAUCGAUGUCCUCACUGUGACAAGACUUUUGCAAGAAAAGAUGCGUGGAAAAGACAUUCAUUUACAUGUACCAUAAAUACUGAAAUGCCACGUGUGGAGAAGAAGAUUGAUUCCGAUGCUGUGCGAAUAAGUUUAUUAGCGAAUGCUGAUGCUACAUCCGUUGUUGUGACAGAAACCCACGUAAAUAAAUAA